AUGAUGCAAGCUGCAUUAGAAGGCCCGCAGAUAAGCCAAGGGAGACUGGAAGCUCCGCCAGUAACGACGGAUGCCAGAAUUUUCUCCAUCACCAAGGAGGAUGCGGCCAAUGCUUCUACAGUCGUCACAGCUGAGAUAAUUGUCUUUAAUCAGUAUGCUACUGUGCUAUUUGACACUGGGGCAACCCACUCGUUUAUUUCUACACCUUUCACGGAGAAGAUAGACAUGUCACCCCAAACCUUGGAUGGCAAAUUUUUGACGACAUUACCUUCGGGAUAUGUGAUGCCAUCCACUCAUAUACUCCGAGCCGCACCUGUCAGAAUUGCAGACAGAGAACUCUACUGUAAUCUGAUAGUACUGGAUAUGUGGGAUUAUGAUAUUAUACUGGGCAUGGAUUUCCUAAGUAAAUACGGAGCUUCGAUAGAGUGCGGAAGAAGAAGAGUAGUUUUCCGGCCUGAAGCAGAACCAACCUUCGAAUUCAUUGGAGAAAAUAAGAAAGAAGUUAAGAAGUUUUUAUCAGCUUUAAAAGCACAGAAGAUGUUAGACAGUGGAUACACGGGGUUUCUAGCGCAUGUAAUUGAUAUAAACCAGAAAAGGGAAGUGAAGCCAGAAGAUGUCAAGGUCGUAUGCAAUUACCCAGAGGUAUUUCCAGAUGAACUACCAGGGUUAGCACCUGAUUAG